GUACUGCCUUUCCGCUCACCACUAUCAUGUCGUCGCGUCGCCGCACAAAAGCUCAAGAGUCUUCUGACAUUGAGGAAGGCGCCACACAGGUGCCAUACCGGGAGGAUGUCGACAUGGAUGAUGAAGAUGAGCAACCUCGUCGCAGGACCAAAAGCAAGACGGAGAAGAAGCCUCAGGUCAAUGGCAAACGUACAGGUCGACAAGAAGCCCGCGAACCAGACACAGACGACGAGGACCCCAUCGAUGUGGAGAACUUUGCUGACCAGCCACUCGGGGAAGGCGAUCUCCAGAAGCUGAAUGGGCUGUCGAGGGAUUGGACGCUCAUGACGGGGAAAAUCCAGGAGCACUGUGGCGCCAUCGACCGUGUCGCAGAAGCAAUUCUUGAACAUGGGAAAAAGGAAGUGGCAGAAAAGGAUCUUGGGGACAUUGAACUAUUAGUCAAGGGGUUCAUUGAUAUCGAGGCAGAGAUGCAAUUCCAUUCAGGCGCCCUAGAUGACAUACAUGAGAAGCUAUCUAAAGGGGAAACUAUUUGCGAUGCUAUACCCCGUUAUAAUACUGGCGUCUUGAAGCGUUCGCAAGAGUAUUCUGCGAAGACCACGCGUCAAAAAUAUGCUAAAAAUGAACGGUACAAAACUUUCAAGCAGGCCGUCUAUGAAGUGGACCAUCUCAAUGAACCUAUGCCACCUAUGACAGAGCUGAUAGCCAGAGAAAGCGGAGAUGAAAGUGACGAUGACGACGAUAUCGAAGUUGGAGGUGUUACACAAGACUACAAGUGUCCUAUUACUCUUCGCGUUAUCGAAGAGCCUUAUACAUCGAAGAUUUGUUCGCAUUCCUUUUCCAAGGCUGCCAUUCAAGAGAUGUUCAAGAAUGAACGGAGCGCGAAGAAGUGCCCUGCUUCUGGAUGUAGAGCCUCAUUCAGGCUCGUGGACUGUGUACCGAACAAAGACCUGGAAAGAAAGAUCAAGGCCUAUGAAAGGAGGAAGAAGCGAGCAGAAGAAGCGAUAGAGGUGGAUGAGGUGAUUGAGUGAGGUGCUGUACGAUUUGAUGAAGAAAAGAACAGGAGACAAUAGUAUUCUGACCUUGAUCCAUUUAGUUUAUAUUAUGUAUGCAAGUGCCAACCCCUUAUUGAAGUAGUGUA